GGCCAGACCUGCUUGCUAUGUGGGAUGUUGAAUGGCCUCUAAGUAGAAUGACCAUUGGAAAGUUACCUGCAAAUGCCCCUGAAACACUUGUGCAGAUAAGAGGACAUUCCCCUCUGUUGAUAAAUUAACCAGCAUAUCGACAAAAUGCCCCAAUGCGGUCAGACACUGUGACAGUAAGAUUCCCAGGCAAAAUACAACAAAUUUUGAGUACUCUUGUAGAGUAGAUAUAGUUAAUUUAAAAAAACAAAACGAAACCACACACAUCUUUUUUUAAGCCAUUUGGAGUCUUUGUUAAGUCUCUUUAAACUGGACAUGAAACUACACUUUUUUAUUUUCAUGCUGUACUCAAUAUUACUGCUAAUAUACAGCAUCCAUGUCUUUCAUCUACGGGAGAAACUGAACAGGACAGAAACAACAUCAAAAGACAAAAUAACUCGUGAAAAAGUGACUCGUGCCAAAUCUGACAACACGAGCAACAAGGUCAGCUGGAGAAGGUGACGGUGAAUACUUUUUUUUCUUGUUCUACUGUCUUUACUAUUUGGGUAAUAAUAACAAUUAUUACAGUAGCAUUUAUGACAUGUCAUAAGAGUAUAUGAGGAAAUAUCAGAAGGAGAUGAUGCUAAGAUGCGAGCAAAAAUAUUCACUGAAGAUACUUCACACUUACUUUUAUGGGGCAGGGCAGUGAUAGUUUCCCAUUUUCUUGUUGACACUCAUUCAUGCCAAGAUAUAAUGACUUGUUAUAUUUACAUAUUUUAAUGGGAAGUUUAAAUGGAGGGUUUUUUUGUUUGUUUGUUUUUUGUUUUGUUUUGUUUUGUUUUAUAAUUCAUGUGUUGGAAAGGGGUUUGUUUGAAAACACUGAAUGUCCUUGAGGGAAGAAAGGGGAACAGUGGAAUCUACAUGGACAUAACGGCAUGGUACCAUGUGCUCUCUGGACACUGUGGUUAGGCUGGCAGGUGCUUUCUUACAUUUAUUGCACGUUUCCUGAAAAACAAGAAGACAUCAUUGGUAGUGUUUGUGCCGAGGCAAAUAGGAACUGUGGAAAUCGAAAUAACAUCAGCAUAAUACACAGGAGAAUGUAGGAGCUUUCAUUGUUGGUUGUGAUUGGAUAGAACCUUAUUUAUUAGAGGUCCAAACAGUGACAGCUCCAGGGAGCCUUCUUUUUUAUGUUACUAAGAAUAAUUAGACAGAGUUUAGUACUGAAGCUUAAAGGGUAGGUGCAUGUGUCAACCUCUGGGACUAGUAAUUGAAGUCAGUUUGGAGGUGGCAUAAACUUAAAUUACUCUCAAAAAGUAAGUUGAUUUCCAUAGACUCCUGUGUUAAAUACCCAAUUUUAUAGCAUGGGCAUGACCAGUUCUACUUGUCAAUGGAAUUAUCUGACAAAUAAUAUGUCUUGCUGUGCAGUACAGACACUACAAGAAGAUUGCUCAGAACUUAGUAUGUCUGUCUAGGUGUUGUACCGGCAUAUUUUAUGAAUGCCGCUUGCUAACCAAGGUUGCUACCACUCCUGGUUACCCAACACGGCGACAGACAAAAUACCAAUCUUUAAGGAGCAUUUACAAAGGAAAAAGCAACAUGGUGAUCAGACACUUCAAAUUAGCAAAAAACUAUUUAAGCAUAAAAACUCACAUAGACAGAACAAUAUAAAAUCCCCAGAUGCAAAGAGUAGUAAACAGUGAAAUGUGGAUCAUUAAACAUUAUGUUGUUCACUUCUAAGUUCUUGUUAAAUAAAUUAUUUAAUAACUGAUCAAAGUGUUUUAAUUAUUGUGCCUUACAAAGUCCUGAUUGCAACAUUGUAAUAUGCUAAUGUGAAUGAAUCAUCAUAAAUCAUACUAACUGUCAGAAUCCCUGAGACACAGGACAAGGGAGGGAAAUUAGGGACGGUGAAUCUGAAUGGACCAUGUUCUGCAUCUCCAUUGCUUUUGGGUCUGUGCUGAGUCGUGUCUCCAAAGCAGCUAGUGCUUGUCAUGACAGUAAUCCUCAAACCAAAUGGAGGUGAAAGGAGCUGCUAAGCUUCAGGAGGAGUUCCAUCAAGCAUGGCUAGUUUGUGGGACUCUAGAGGCAGCUGGAAGCUAUUGGCAGGCCAAGCAGAAUGCGACAAAUAUGGUGAAGCAAUUGAGCAGGGCUCGAAGUGGUUCUGGUAAGCCUUUAGACAAUUCAGGAGAAAAAGCAGCUUCCUCUCUACACUGUGUAUAUUGGGGGUGGGACUAUUCUGUCAUUCCAGAUAUUAUUCCUUCAACCACUCCCCCAACUAUAUCAGGCAGUGAAAGGAAUGAUUUGUCCAUCAAUGGAGGUGAGGUCACAGAGACAGUUAACAACUCCAUGGUGGCAGGGCUUCUGGAAUGGAUGAGAUUCACCCGGCUCUAGAUGCUGUGGGGCUGUCAUGGCUGACGCACCUCUGCAACACUGACUGCAACAGUCAGGGACAGGGCCUCUGGAUUGGUAGACUGGGGUGGUUCCCCUUGUCAAGAAGGGUGUCAGCAAAGCGUGUUCACUUGAUUUUAGAAGCUUUGGACGUUACAAAGUUAAAGAACUUCACUGCACAGCAGUGGUUUGUGCUUUGUCUUAAUAAAAGUAUGAAACUGAGGAAUUUAUGCUUUCUAAAUAAAACUGCUAUGUUUAGAAAUUCUGUGUUGAAAAUCCCUUGCUCUGUUAAAAAACAAAAAAAAUUAAUUAAAUAAAAUUAAAAGACUUUUUGACAAAAACUUUGAAUUUCAGAUGUGGGCUAACAGGGUUUUCCUCAUCUGUAUGUCCUGAUGCGAGUGUUCUCUUCCAGGAUGACACUGCACACAUCCAUAGCAUACAAAAGGUGAUGACAACAACCAGAUCUCAGCUCAGCUAUGACAAAUUAGAAAGUCCUCUCCAGCAGCAUCAUCAAAAACCCACAUGAGGAAAUGUCUUUUGAAACAAUAGUGUUCAUCCCUUCAGUAGAGUCAGACUUGGAAUCAGUACUAGAAGCUACUCUGGCAGAGCAUGGUAGCCUGACACUUCACAGGAACUGGGAUCAGCAGUGUGUGUUUAGGGUUUUUAAUCUUAAAAGCUAUAGCAAGAGUCAACUUUCUUCAUUUAUUUCUUUUCUAUUAUUUUUGCUAAUAAUUGGAGAAAAAUAAAGAUUCUUCAUUACGGUAGGGGAUUUUUAAUUUAUCAUUGUAAAGCUUUAGGAAGAAUUUAGUUGUAAAUUAUCAUUUAGACUUUGUUAGAGUAAAAACACGUUUCAGUCCCAUGUAAAAAUUAAGCUACUGGUUAAGCUUCAGGGGAAUCACACAAAUGUCCACUGUGUCUACUGUAGCUCUGAGAUUUUAUAAAGUCGCAUUAACUUCAAAAGAAAAAGUUACAACUUAUCGCCAGGUGAGUUGGUGUGGAUAGCCCCACGGGAAUGUCGGAUUGACCCACUUGUUUAAUCCCUGUAGUGCCCCCUAGUGUGUGGACGUGAAUUUCUGAAAUUAAAAAUGUAUAAGUGAAUAACUCUAUUGAGUAAUUUACAAUGUCUUUAAAACCUAACUACACCCAACCAUCACAGGAACUGGGAUGAUUUUUCUUUGUACAGUUUCGGUCAGAGGCUCUCUCCCUGCGCAGGUAUAAACAUUUAUAGAUGCAUUUGAGUGACAACAUGUUUGCUGAUAUUCUUCACCAAGAUCUUCUAUAAAUAUUUAUAACAUUUAUUUGUUUCGACAGUAAUCUGAUAGUAGGAUACCCCUGCUCGAAAGAUUAGUUUGUGUUUCUCUAAUGUUUACUGUUAUAACAUUAAAUAGAAGGUGUGAAAGGCACCACACAGGUGAUUCAGUUGUCAGUGUGUGUGUGUGUGUGUGUGUGUGUGUGUGUGUGUGUGUGAGAGAGAGAGAGAGAGAGAGAGAGAGAGAGAGAGAAGAAAUUCCAGGUCUGUGUUCUCUAUGACAGUAUCCUCACCUACUGCCGGUGCUACAGCUGCUUCACUGCCGGAAACAAGGAAGUUAAAGCACCCCCCCCCUCUCCCCUCCCACGCCCCCAUCUUUUGUAUACAUAAAUAAGAGAUGAAUGACUGGAUGUCAUGAACCGACCGGUUAAUCUUGGAAAGAAUCAGACAGAGCUCAGAGUCGGAGGAUGGACUAUAAACCGGUUCUCAUCUUCGUACUGUUCAUCGUGCCCAUGUGGUCGUCCAAGAUGUUCCGGUGCUAUAACGACCAGGAGCUACAGGCAGCGGCGGACAGGAAGCUGAGGACGCACUACCUGCGGCCCACAGAGGCUCCGCGGUCAACGGCUCGCAGCUCAUCUUACUCUUGUCCCCUGGAACUUUACAAGACGCCGCUGUCAGAUGAGCAGCGAGACAGGUCUCUGUCCCCCUGGAGAUUCGUAACUCACAUCAAGGAAGAUCACUUUCCUUCGACAUAUGUUGGUGCUCAGUGCCUGUGUUCAGGAUGCAUCCAGCUCAAAGACAAUAAAAUGAUUGAGGACUAUGACUACAACUCAGUUCCCAUCGUUCAGAACAGAGUGUUUCUCAAAAAGGAGCUUUGUGACGAUAAGAAGACUUACCGUCUGAGGCCAGUGAAUGUGGAAGUAGCUGUGGGGUGUACCUGUGUCAGACCCCAGAGCUCCUAGGGGAGAACCAUCCAGACCUGCUAUCACAUGACACGCAUAAAAUGCAUGAAGUUCAUGAAAUGCACCAAGUCUAAUCAGCGGUGUGAAGUCCUGCAGCAUGCUCAUAGUGAGCAGGCUGUGACUUAGAAGGAACAUCGCUGGGAAUAUUUAAUGCGGCUUCAAAAGUCACACAAGCCUAUUUAUACACUUAGCUAUUUACUGUUUAUUUAUCAAUAAUAUGUUUUGUAGAUGUUUGCUCUCUUAGUUCUGUUUACAGACUCCUCCUGCAUAGUGCAGUAAAUGUAAUCUGGGUAUUUUAUUACUUGAUUUAAUUCAUAUUGAUGACCUUCUCAUUGAAAAAAGCUAUUAUAUAGUUUUGUUACAUAACAAUAACUUCAAAUGGUAUUUGAAGAAUGAUCUAUUUAUUUGGUCUGCUACUCUACUUUGUAUUUAUUUAUGCUCAAGGUUUUGUCCUAGUGGGACUAUAUAAGUCUAGUGAAGACUUCAAGUUUAGCUUCUUUGAAGCAAAAUAAAGAAAAUGUCUGCAUU